UUGCUCUAAUAGCAUGAGGAGCUGUCCGCGGUGCUGAAACCAGACCCGCACCGCGAGACAGAGAGAUGCUCAGCUCACUCACGAGCCUCGACAGAGACUAACUACCGAAAGGCGUCACCAUGCCGUCACUCUCCGAGACCUCCGCCAGCCCUCUUCUCCUCUGUUUUGCCAACUUCCUCUUGAUCCUCCUCUUCCUCGGCUCCCCCACCACUCACGGGGCUUCCCUCAGAGAGCACAGACUGAGAGGAAGUGAGUCAGACUCCCAGAGGGGCGACGUCCUCCAGACUCCCAACAUCGACAUGCUCAAAGCGUUGGAGUACAUCGACGGCCUCCGUCAGAGGACCGGCACGGACUCCCAGCAGCGCGCCCCCGUCGCCGGGGGGUACGACGCCGCCGGCAGCAUGGAUGACGCCGAGAGGCUACGUGCCAUGCUGAGGCUGGCUUCCAACCCUAUGCAGAGCAAAGACGAGGAGGAGGAAGAGGAGGAGGAGGAGGAGGAGGGGGGAAGGGAGGACAAGAGUGAGGAGCUGCUCCAGGCCGUGCUCUCCACCCUCCAGCAGACGGAGAAGGUCUCCAAGCCAGCCGCGGCGGACGGCGCGUAUCCCAGGGUGCAGCAGAAGCAGCACAGCAUCCUUCCUCACAAGAAGCUGCCGCUGAUGUUUGAGGACGAGGAGGAAGGCGAGGGGGACGAGGACGAGGAGGAGGAGGGCGGCGAGAGGGGGCCGGACCUGGAGCACGGGAGCCCCUUCAAGCGCACCAACGAGAACGUGGAGGAGAAGUACACGCCUCAGAACCUGGCAACUCUGCAGUCUGUGUUUGACGAACUGGACAAGCUGACAAGUGUGAAGAGCAUGCACAGGCGCCAGGACGAGGACGACAUGGGGGAGGAGGAGGAGGAGGAUGACGAUGCGGACGAAGGCGACAUGUUCAAUGUGAGGGAUGUGGGAUACGAUGACGGGGAUCUCGCAGACUGGGGUCCGUUACAAGACCAAGAAGAGGAGGAAGAGGAGAGGGACAACAAACACGAGGCAAACCGAGGGCUCGAUUACGUCGACGAUAAUGACGAGGAAGCUGAUGAGGACGACGAAGAGGACGACGAUGACAGCUACCCAGUCAAGAGAUCGAACGAUCCGGAUGACCUGGCCAACCUGGUGGACUACUACCUCCUGAAGGUGCUGGAGAAAAGAGAAGAGGAGGAGCACAAGCGAGAGAUAGAGGAGGAGGAGGAGAAAAAGAGGGCAGAGAGGAGAGUGGCUCAGACGCAGUACAGAGACAGCAUAGACCCGCGGGCCAUCUACCAGCUCAUUCAGAUCUCCCAAAAAUACCAGAUCCCACCCGAGGACCUGGUGGACAUGCUCAAAACCGGAGAGACGAUGAAUCAAGACAUGUCACGAAAGAGCAGCGGAUUAUCCAGAGCGGAAAACAAGCUCUCUCAGAUUUCUCCGAAGAAGACGACGCACAAGAUUCCCGAAGCUAAAUUCUACAGCAGACGCCUUCCUGACAGACAGAAGACCCCCGAGGAGCGGAGGACAGAAGAGAUACUGAACAUCCUGGGGUUGGGGGCCGCAGAGGACCGAGCUCCCGUCAGGAUGCAGAAGCAGUACAAAAGCUCGCCGUCACGACUUCACGCUCUGCCCGCGGGGCGUUCGGGGGCAUCCGCUCCCACGCAGCGGCGCCCCCCUCCCAGCACGUCGAACGACGACUACGAUGACACCGUGGACGAGGACGAGCUGGCGGCGUAUCUGGCGGCUCAGAUGCUGGCGCGGUACCCGAGGCCCACGUACCGGGGCAACAAGGCGAGCCAGAAGCGGGACGAGGUCGGGCAGGGCGCCACGGGAUCUUUUGAGCGGGCCAUGCAGGCGUAUUUCGAUCAAACGGACUCAGACAAAAGCCUGAAUGAAAAGAGACAGUCGGAGGGCGAGGAGAGGGGCGGCGAAACGCAAAUGCAAGGCUUUGAUAACGAGGCGGUGAUGAAGCUGCUGAGCUCCCUCAACCCAGAAACUGAAGAGAGUGAUGCCGAAACGGGCCAGUGAAUAUAAAGAAAGCUAAAGAUACACAUAUAUAUAUAUAUAGUAUACAUAAUGUUUUGGUGGUGGGUGGAAAUAAAGUAUUUUGAAGAAUAAAACACGAGUUAUUCUGUUGGUUUACAAAAAGUUCCUAUUUAUUAGCAGAAAUAUGAGUGGAUAGACAUUCAUUUGAUGCUUUUUUUAAUGAGUUUGUUGCUCAACAACACUAAACAACCAGUACAUGUGACUCACCAGCCUUUCAAUGCACACACACACAGCCAAUCAGUGUUGGAUCCCAUAGAUUCACUUGUGGGUAUUUUUUUUUAUUCUCAUUUGUUUUUUGUAAAUGUGGUCAUAUGUGACAUACCUGAAGUUAAUAAAGCAUUGACUUUAUUUUUU